UCACAGUCUCUGCCCCACUCUUUAACCUCAGUCUGCAGUCUACUAUUUCUGUCUUUGCUGAGUCCCUCAAUGGAUUCGGCCUGAUUGAUCGUAAUGAGUUUGGGGAGCUCAGACAUGGCUGGAAGUGCACUGGGAACAGCCUUCUCUCUACUGCUCCUCGCGUCUAUUAUACAAGGAGUCCAGGAUUUUGAGGUGUUCCAUCAUGAAAAGAUAGAAGCAGUAGUGGGCCAGAACGUUACCUUACCGUGUACUGUAAAAAACAGUACUAAUAUCCAGAUUGUCAGUAUUGAAUGGAGUAAGAGCAAAAAUGAAAACACAAAGCUGGCUGUGUACAGCCAAGUGCAUGGACUCCAUCAAUUUUGGCCUAAUGUCACCAUCCAGAUUGAGAACAGGUCGAUGGGCUCCUAUCUACACCUCUCUCGUGUGGCGAAAUGGGACAGUGGUAUCUAUACUUGUGACCUCACAACCUUUCCUCUGGGCUCCAUCAGGAGAGACACAGAGCUAAGGAUCAAAGAUGUUGAUGUUGAAAUAAUGUGUGAUGUGGGCAGCACUGUUGAGGUCCAUGCUGGAGAAAAUGUGACCAUUCACUGCAGAGCGUUCCCUAAUGCAGAGUACAGGUGGACCAUGAACAGGAAGCUGGUGUCAGAGAAAGAAUCUCUGGAGCUGUGGUGGGUGACAGAUGCCCACGCAGGGGUUUAUGCACUGACGGUCAACACGGGAAACAAAAGUCUGCAUAAAGAGUUUAUCGUCACAGUGCUAACAGCAACCACAAGCUUAAGGACAGAUCCUGUGACAGUGUCACCCCAGUCUAGUGGAACUGAGGAGGGUUUGAUUGGAUCAACAGACAUCAGCCUUACCACAUCACCGACCACUGGGCUUUCAACAGUUAACACCAAUGUAACUUGGACCAUGAGUACGGGCACUGAUGUAACAGAUGAUCCAAACCUCAGCAAUGUUACAGUCACAGCUGGAGAGCGUAUAACCUCUUUUACAAAUUAUACACAUAUCAGCAUCACAUCAUCCCCUGCCACACACACUGACCCCUAUCACUUAAACAACUCCAGUGAUCAGGAGAUAAACAAAACUCACAGUUUAAACACAUCCACUUUCUCUGACCAAUCAGUGGCCAGCAAUCUAUCCACAACAUUGAGUUAUGGUAGUAAGGUGUUCAGAUCAACACAGGAGAUGGGGAAUGUGUCCAUGCGAAGCAUUACGGAAAACUCUGACAACCCUGGUGCAGCUGGAAAUACAACAGACAUUGAGAAUAAAGAUACUGAUGGUGCACGGAGUCAUCUGUGGUUGGUGUUAAUCAUCGCUCCAUUGCUGGUAUUGAUCGCUGUGGCUGGCAUUCUCUGCAGGAGAAAAAUUAUAAAGCAGAGGAUGGAUCUACCGCCUCCAUUCAAACCCCCUCCUCCUCCAAUCAAGUAUACAGCUGCAAGAUACUGCAAGCCUUUCCCCACUUCAAGGUGUAACUCAGUAACAGAACUCACAGAUAUGAAACAAAAGUGUAUUAAUAUAUAAUCCCUAAUAUAUUGCACAAUGGCAGUUGAUAAAUUGCAUGCAGUAAUUGUGGGGAUAUAGUGUAAGCUGUAUCCUGUCUUGGGUAUGUGCAGAAUUACACAAUGUCUUACUUUUAGUUGUGGUCAGUUUCGAACUGCAGUUACAACACAUCGUCGUAAGCAACUGUACAAAUUUGGCAUGUGUGUAUAUCUGGGGUGGGUGAGGUGGGUUAUAUGCUACUGUGUAUAAAAUGUUUUUGUGGUUUUAUUUUUUGUAUUAAAUGUAAUACAAUGCAUGAUAAAGUUUCUAACAUUUGAAAAUAAAAGCUGAUGUAAUUUGA